UGUAAACAUGGUAGUGGUAGGAGGCGCCACUCAACCUCCACACUACUAUUAACAUAAAUUUUAUGAUAGUAUUAAAUGGUCUGUGCUUCUUACUUGUAGCAAGAUCACAACACUAAGAGUUCAUGGCGCGAGAAGUGGCAGGAGGCUGGAUGCUGUGCAGAUGAAUACAUUGGACCACGGAGAGAAAAUGACGCCAUGCUAAACCGUGGAUACUCGAAAUUCAAUGCCAUGUUUAACACAAAAAAACUACAACAAUGAAGUUUUAUGAAGGCAGCAGUACAAUCAAAUUUUCUUGGGAGCAAGUGGCUCAAGGCCUCUGGCAACGCUAUCCCAACCCUGAAAGUUCUCAUGUACUGUCGGAGGACACUGUUGUUAGAAAAAUCAUUGGCCAUCAACUGCACUCAAAACGUAUAUUAACUAAGACAAACCGCAUGCCAAAAUGGGGUGAACGUCUCAUCAAUGCUCGAAAUGUCAGCAUAAUUGAAGAAUCUAUUGUGGAUCCAGAAAAGAAAGAGUUGUGCACAUAUACAAGGAAUGUUGGAUUAACUAAGGUUAUGACUUGUGUGGAGAAAGUGAUUUACAAACCUAGUCCAGAAAACCCACAGUGGACAGUAGCAGAGAGAAAGGCAUGGAUUGACUCCAAGAUUUUUGGAUUUGGCUAUGCAAUCCAGAAAUUUGGUAUUGAGCGCUACAAGAAAAAUAUUCAUAAGACCACUCUUGGGUUUACCUACGCCUUGAAUAGGUUAUUUCCAGUUGUGGACAAUUAUGUUGAAACUCCAAACUCCCAUCACCUAACUUUAGAAGAACGGAAGCAGAGGUUAAAGGAAGCAGCAAGGGAAACUGCCAAAAGAGCAAAGGAGUUGGCACAAGAAAAGGCUGGUCCCAUAUAUGCUGCUUGUGAAGGAGUGAAAAGUUGAGGAUCAAAUGUACUGGCCAACCUUAAGGUGGCUAGAGAAAACAAGUCACAAGUUGCUGAGAAUUUGUAAGAUAAUGGAAAAGCCUUUAGUGAUGAGGAAGGUGCUUUAUCUCCAGAAACUUAAGUGUUUACAUGUUGUAGUGCAAAUAGUUGGAUUUUUUUAUGAUUAGGUACAUUAAUCUGAAUAUUACAUCAGGAAAUUUUACAUCAAAAUUGAAAAAAUUAUAUGCAGUAUUGAAAAAGAACCUGUCAUUGCACCUGAUAAAUUUUAUUUGCUUUAUACAGACUAUGGUUGAUAUAUCAACAGAUGUGGGUGUUUAGUUGAAGAAAAAUAUAAAUACUUUAAAAUGCAAGUUUUAAUGAUUUGAUGCUAAUAUUAAUAGUUUCUUUCUUAAAUAGGGUAAUGACUACUUGAAAGGACUUACUUCAUUCAUGUGAUCAUCAAGUUUGUAUCGAAAAUGUGUUAUAAAUGAUGAAAAUUUAUAUUUCAACAAUACAUCUUUGAUGCCCUUUGGUAUCCCUUUGGUUGCAAGUUUCACUCUUGUUCUUACAAUAGCACACUUGCAUAAUUACAUUAUCAUUUGUUUAUCACAAUGCAUUGUGGGGGAAAUCUGGAGUCAUUGUGGUGAAGGUGUUUGUUAUUUUUUGAGAGAGUGAUUUUGGAAGGGCAAUUUUAAAGUGUUCUGUGAUCAAAGACAUCAAAAUUGAGGACCUUAGAUGAUGGCUUAUAUGUAGAAUUUUUCUGAGGGAAAUCUCUAGUAGAAAGCUAGUUUGACUAGAAGGUAAGUCACCACAUAUAUGAACCCUCAUUUGCAAUAAAAUAUUUCAAUACAAUCAUGACAUUGAUGACAGCUAGCAUUGAACUGUUGUUCUUUACCCAUAGGCUUUCGCCUACUACUGUACAGUACUCCCUCUUUAUCGACGGAUUUUUUAUCGACGGUUUCGAUUAUCGACGGAUUAUUUAGACGGAUUUUUAUUUUGGCUUUAUUUGAACUCUGCGGGC